CCCCCACCCCCCCCCCCCCCCACCCCCCCCCCCCCCCACCCCCCCCCCCCCCCACCCCCCCCCCCCCCCACCCCCCCCCCCCCCCACCCCCCCCCCCCCCCACCCCCCCCCCCCCCCACCCCCCCCCCCCCCCACCCCCCCCCCCCCCCACCCCCCCCCCCCCCCACCCCCCCCCCCCCCCACCCCCCCCCCCCCCCACCCCCCCCCCCCCCCACCCCCCCCCCCCCCCACCCCCCCCCCCCCCCACCCCCCCCCCCCCCCACCCCCCCCCCCCCCCACCCCCCCCCCCCCCCACCCCCCCCCCCCCCCACCCCCCCCCCCCCCCACCCCCCCCCCCCCCCACCCCCCCCCCCCCCCACCCCCCCCCCCCCCCACCCCCCCCCCCCCCCACCCCCCCCCCCCCCCACCCCCCCCCCCCCCCACCCCCCCCCCCCCCCACCCCCCCCCCCCCCCACCCCCCCCCCCCCCCACCCCCCCCCCCCCCCACCCCCCCCCCCCCCCACCCCCCCCCCCCCCCACCCCCCCCCCCCCCCACCCCCCCCCCCCCCCACCCCCCCCCCCCCCCACCCCCCCCCCCCCCCACCCCCCCCCCCCCCCACCCCCCCCCCCCCCCACCCCCCCCCCCCCCCACCCCCCCCCCCCCCCACCCCCCCCCCCCCCCACCCCCCCCCCCCCCCACCCCCCCCCCCCCCCACCCCCCCCCCCCCCCACCCCCCCCCCCCCCCACCCCCCCCCCCCCCCACCCCCCCCCCCCCCCACCCCCCCCCCCCCCCACCCCCCCCCCCCCCCACCCCCCCCCCCCCCCACCCCCCCCCCCCCCCACCCCCCCCCCCCCCCACCCCCCCCCCCCCCCACCCCCCCCCCCCCCCACCCCCCCCCCCCCCCACCCCCCCCCCCCCCCACCCCCCCCCCCCCCCACCCCCCCCCCCCCCCACCCCCCCCCCCCCCCACCCCCCCCCCCCCCCACCCCCCCCCCCCCCCACCCCCCCCCCCCCCCACCCCCCCCCCCCCCCACCCCCCCCCCCCCCCACCCCCCCCCCCCCCCACCCCCCCCCCCCCCCACCCCCCCCCCCCCCCACCCCCCCCCCCCCCCACCCCCCCCCCCCCCCACCCCCCCACCCCCCCCCCCCCCCACCCCCCCCCCCCCCCACCCCCCCCCCCCCCCACCCCCCCCCCCCCCCACCCCCCCCCCCCCCCACCCCCCCCCCCCCCCACCCCCCCCCCCCCCCACCCCCCCCCCCCCCCACCCCCCCCCCCCCCCACCCCCCCCCCCCCCCACCCCCCCCCCCCCCCACCCCCCCCCCCCCCCACCCCCCCCCCCCCCCACCCCCCCCCCCCCCCACCCCCCCCCCCCCCCACCCCCCCCCCCCCCCACCCCCCCCCCCCCCCACCCCCCCCCCCCCCCACCCCCCCCCCCCCCCACCCCCCCCCCCCCCCACCCCCCCCCCCCCCCACCCCCCCCCCCCCCCACCCCCCCCCCCCCCCACCCCCCCCCCCCCCCACCCCCCCCCCCCCCCACCCCCCCCCCCCCCCACCCCCCCCCCCCCCCACCCCCCCCCCCCCCCACCCCCCCCCCCCCCC